AUGAUUCACUUCGUCUUACUAUGCUAUCUCCUUUUCCCGCACGUACACCCGCAAGCCGCACCACUUCUCGAAGCGCUGGAUCAUCCGCUGUACUUCAGAUCCAGCAUGAUGGCACAAAAAACAGAUAUUAUAAAUGGCAGUGUAAUGAAGAAGCUGUUGGAUUGGUACGUGGUCCGCGAGGCAAGUGAGUUGGGCUUUCGUGUUGCUACACUAUUACAGACUGAAAACAUGACACACUCAGAGCAUGCAGAACCUUCCCUUGUUGCUCUUGGCCAUGUAGUCACACGAUGUAAACCCGUUUCAAUGCCAUCGUCUGCACCUGACGCUGCUUCUGUUGCAUUACAGACAUCACCUAGAACUAUAAGGUUCUUUUAUAUCUGCAGCGGGUGGUCCUCCGCAACUCUUCGUGCCGUGGUUGCCCACUGGCGGGAAGGGACACUGGAGACAGUGGUGGACGAACCAGUCCUUUCGCUUGGUGCAGCGCGGGGGUGGCAUUUGCCUAUCAGCGUCCCAGAUACGCCUCAACAUUUGCUCUACGUUCUUGCGGCCGAUGGGAAAACAACGGCAGUGCUGAUCGAGGCCGAUGAGUCUCCCACAAGUGCACAACCCACUCGCAUAACGACCCUACGCUUACCUCAGAAGUCGGCCGCGGGCGACACAAGAUUAGUGUCAUCUUGUUACCUGCCGAGCGUUGGGCUCAGUGGUCUCGUGCACCAUUCAGAGACAGAUGGACACUCGCACUUUGAACUGCACCGUGUCUUUUCCUCUGCACAGUCAGCAGAAUUGCUACUGGAAACAUCAACGAACAUCUUUACUGAACUCAGCGUGGAAGAGCGGCUUCACUGCAGCCUCUCGUCCCGCGUCACUUUCACUGACUGUAGCCUCACCUUCUCCAAUGAGGCGGUGUCUCGUGUGGACGUAACGGUUACCGCCCUUGUUGAGUCUCCAGUCGGAAGCGGUGGACACACAGUCGAUGAGUGGAUUUUGUGUGGCAAAAUAACACUUUCAGGAAACGCUGUGGUAAAAGAAAGUGGACUAAGAAUUCAAGUGGCUCCUUUGCGCCGAGAGCGAUUUACACCUGCGCGAACGACUCUUGAGCACGUUGCGCGCUUGGGAUCGAACGGAAGUAUCACGGGCCACAUGAGGCGCUGUAUUUUUUACCACGCUGGCGGUGCCGCCAGAGCUGAAGGUGGCGGUGAGGAGGUCGUGAAUUGUAGCAGUGCCACAACCCACUUCCGCAGCGGUCGCCGCGGUGUUUCCAAGAGCUGCGUGGCGUUGCGGGUGUGGUGGAGACAAGAAGAGACCAUCAAUGGAUAUUUGUGCAAUAAAUUUGGUCUCUCCACCACCGAAUUAAGCUCCGUUUUCUUUGUACUAUUCACAUCAUUAUGCGGUCUCCAACUUACCGCUUAUUUUUUUUGUUCAACCUAG